UUAAAGGAAAGAAGAACCAAAAAAAGAAAAAAACUAAUAAGAGAUACCCACUAGAUGGAGGCGAAGAAGGAGGUUCCGAUUAUGGAGGUGGAUAGUGGUGAUUCGUCGACGGAGGAGGCGGAAUCGGAGUCGCCGAGAUCUGUGGUGGUGCAGAUGAAGAAGAAAGUGGAGAAAGUUCAUAAUCAGGUUUUAAGGAUAAGAGAGGAAGAGUCGCAUCUCGGCGAAGAUUUCUUCGGCGGCGAUGACGAGAAUAAUAAGAAUGACGUCGUAUAUGGAGGAGGUGUUGGAGGUGGAGGCUUUGAUGAAAGACGACGACGACGACGACGUGUCAACGUGGUUCUUGUUUCGAGACCGAUCUUGCCUUGUUCGCCUCUCAGCGGCAAGGGCAACGUUAAAAGGCCUUACACUGAACCUACCGAAAUCAAUCAAGGGAGUUUUUAGAGAAGGAUUAGCGAACCUUGCAUUGAGGGAGACUUGCAGUGUUUAGCUUAAUUAGUGUGGGAAAGCUUGAAGAUGAAUUGAAUGGAGUAGCGUUUAAUUAUGAAAUCUUAAUUAGUUAGGGUUUUAAUUAGAUGGAGAAAUCCUGUUUUUCAUCUGUAGAUCAUGAUGUACAAAGCAGUAUCAAAUGUACAAUGGAAUCAUUCUACAGCUCAACGUAGCCGGUAAAAUUUUCUUUCUUUUGUUUUCUUGUAAAUAAAAA